AUGUCUAAAAUCUUCAUGCCAUUCGUGCUGGUUCCUCAGCAGCACAUCAUGAUUGUAGAGAGAUUCGGGAGAUACAUGAGAACUCUAGAACCAGGCUUUAAGUUUAAGUUGCCACUUUUCGAGAGUGUAGCUUACCAUCACUCACUUAAGGAGCAGGUCUUGGGUAUUGACUCCCAAACUGCCAUCACCCGUGAUAAUGUGAAAAUCAGAAUCGACGGAGUUAUGUAUUUCAAGAUCACUGAUCCCUUCAAAGCCUCAUACGAGGUCGCUCAGCCAAUCAGAGCUCUAUCCCUGCUUGCCUAGACUUCAAUGAGAAGUGAAAUCGGUAAAUUAGAUUUGGACAGAACCUUCGAGGAAAGAGAAAGUCUUAACGUUAACAUAAAGGAAGCCUUGAACGAGGCCUCAGUCAAGUGGGGUAUCGAGUGCAUGAGAUACGAAAUCAAGGACAUCAAGCCACCCGAAGAAAUCAAGAGAAGUAUGGAAUUGCAAGCAGAGAGUGAAAGAAUCAAGAGAAGUAAGAUCCUCAACUCAGAGGGAGAGCGCCAGUCUAAGAUCAACAUUGCUGAGGGUAUCAAGCAAUCUGCCAUCCUCGACGGUCAAGGUAAUGCCUCUAAGAUUCUCGAGGAAGCCAGAGGUAUCUGCUAAUCACUUGAAAGAAUCGCCAAGUCUAUUGAAAGCGGCCCAGGCGGGAGAGGUCAAGAUGCUCUUAGACUUAAACUGACAGAACAAUAUCUCGAAGCUCUCAAUUAAAUAUUGUCAACCUCUAGAGUGCUCAUGCUACCAAAUGAAAGUGGCAGUGGAAACAGCGAUCAAUGGUCUACUAGCAAGAUCGCUACAGCCAUGACUCUAUACAAGCAAAUUUUGGGACCAGCUGGCUAAGCCGUAGCUUAAGCUGCUGGGAAAGCUGAAGGAGACCUUUUCAAUGAGCUCAGACAGAGAGUAGCUCAACUUGAUCAAUAGAGUAGUGCUACUUAAAAUCAAGUAGUUAGAGAAAGAAAAUUCUAGUAUCACGAUGAUAAGGCUCUCUAUUCAGACCAGUGA